GUAUUUGCGAGUCAAAUGAGGUAACAGUAGAUUUAUUUCAAGAGGUUGGAUUUUAUGCAAGAGUUUAACAAGCUAAUGAGCUUAAUGCCUGGGAAGCAUGCCUCCCAGGAGAAACGGGCCAGUGGUGCCGAUCUCUUUACAUGAGUCAGUCAGAGCCUUCGCAACGGACAGACGGCCAGAACCUCCUGAUUAUUGUCAAAUCUUCAGGAAUCGUUUUGACCCAAGCAGCUUGCAGCCAUGAGACAAGAACAAAGCAGCAGCGAUGAGGAGGAUGUGGCUCAGAUUCAGGGGAUGUGCCUCAUUUUCCUGAGGGAAUGUCCCAGCGGCGCCCUGCAUCUACACGAGUUCAAGAAGAUCUUCGGCGUCCAGAGCAGCUCGCCGGAGGACUCCCUCUUCCUCGAGACGAUCUUCCGCUCCUUCGACACAAACCAGGACAACACGCUGGACUUCAUAGAGUACGUCGCCGCCCUUAACUUGAUCUUAAGAGGAAAUCUGGAAGAUCGUCUCAAAUGGUCCUUCAAGAUGUACGACCGGGAUGGGAACGGAAAGCUGGACCGGAACGAGGUGAAGCUCCUCAUAAGGAUUCUUCAUAAAAUCAAACUUCAGAAGAGCGAGGUCGGACUGACUCCGUCCCAGAUCUGUGAUCGGAUCUUUGAUCUCGUUGACAACAACAAUGAUGGUGAGAUAACCCUGACUGAGUUCAUGGAGGGGGCCAAAAAGGACCAGUGGCUCAUGGACCUCCUCAAUCUGGACGUCAACACCCCCGGCUGGGUGACCCAAAACUGCAGGAAGCUCCCAUGAUGCCUUGCAGUGAGAGCAGCGUCUUCAUGAACCCUGCGGUUCUGAACCCCUUUCAGUUUGGAGCUGGACCUCUUAAUGUGGCAGAAGUUCUGCUGGGCCGGUCAGAUAGACGGCGAGUGAUUUCUGUCAUCAGAUACAGACAAAUUAACUGCUAAAUAUCCACAUUUAUCAGGUUUCAUUCUCAGUAGAUUUGCUCUGUUUGGAUAUUUGCUGUUAUUUUUAGAUCUUCAUAGGGAUUCACUGAAGUCAUGAAUAUUUUGAAGAGUCAUUUUAACACUUUUUAAAUUCCUCUGUGGUUAAAACUGAAACCUUUUCAACAUGUUGCAUCCU